AAGGCAGCAAUGGGAGAAUAAGACCCAGCGACCUAUGGAUGCGUUCUGCAUAUGUUUUCGUGCGUAAAACUGCACACCCAAAGCAAAAUAAGAGAUAUUUCAUGCGUUACUGUAUUUUUUUUCUCCUUUAUUGAACAGGUUUCAUAUUCCUGGUGCAACAUGAGUAGUAGUCACAUAUUUAUUAAUAUGACUCAGCAGCUCUGUAUGAUCAACAGGAUGAAAUGAGUCAGUGUGUGUCUCCUAUAACUGGCACCUGUUUCACCCCAAAGAUCACCAAACAUCUGCAAUAAGAAGAAACAUUUCUGGUCCACUGACUCCUAAAGAGUUUUGUAGUCCUACUAAUGUCCAUAUUCAUAAUGAAUGUUCACUGCUAGCACAUGCAUUUUGGUAAUGGCCAGCUAAGAUUAAAUCUAGCAGACUAAUGAGGUCUGUUUUCUGCAGACUUUGCAUAUGAGUAUUUUUUCCCCCCACUCUUUUAAAGCCUCUGUGGAGGAUUUAAAGCUGUAGUUUAGGAGGCCGGCCACCAUUAUUACUUGUUGUCAGCAUCCUUACAUGGAGGACAAAACUCUGCAGCCGUGUGAGUUUUACUUAAACCUAAUGUUCCUGUGCAUGUGUGCAGGUUUCAGUGGUCUGUUGCAUGUGUUAAUUAGUGAACUGGAAAGAACAUCUGCAGGUUAUUAGCCAAUAAAGAAAGUCAGUGAAGAGAUGCCAGCCUGGCUAAGUGGCCUCCCCAUAUCGAUCUUUGUCACGUCCACAUGUGCACGAAUACUUCAGCACCUCCACGUCAUCAUCAUUGCCCUCCUUGCAAGACUUCGCGUCAAAUUUUAGUGCAGGAGAAGAAGAGCCUCCUUUUGCAGCUCUGUAUCCACUAUGGUUUGUGGGUUAAAAUAAACCUCAGUACAUCUUUGCUCUGUCUCAGCUCACACUAAAGGUCAAAGGACAGAGAAGGCCAGUGAUGCUGAAGACCCUCGAGAUAUAUACUCUCCUUCCUCCUCCUCCCCCAUCUCUCUCCUUCCUCCCCUCCCUCACCCUGCUCCUCCUCCUCCUCCCCCCUCCUCCCAUCUCGGUGAAUGCCGUAGUGAGCAUUGUUCACGACCACUAGCUUUUGCUGAAAGCUGCACAGCAAUGAGGUCUCUGUGCCUUUUGCCUCUCUCUUCCUCUCCCCUCCCCCUUCCUCUGGCUCUCUCUCCCACCCCAUCUACCUCUCUCUCUCUCUCUCUCCUUCCCUCCUCUCUUUCUCCCUCUAUCUCUCUCCCUCUAUUAAAUUUCCAGUCACACAGUGGUGCAGAGGAUAUUCCUCCUUUCCCUCUUUCUCCCUCUUCCCUCAUUCCCUCUCACUCAUGUUAAAAUCUUAGCCCCUAUCCAGUCUCUCCUCCAACCCUGGCUGCCUUUCAGUGCUUUUCUGCCACUCUCGUCUCUCCUCUCUCUCUGUACAUCUUUUUGCCUUCCAACCCCCGCACCAUUUAAAAUGAUUCCAUGCCGCCCAUGCCAAACCCACCCUGUGCCUCUGCUCUCCUUCCUUCCCCCCUCUCUCUCUCCACUCUAUGUCCUCACUGUGUCAUUGCACAUUGAAUCUGAUAUUCCCCUUAUGUAUGUAUGCUACGUUGGUGUGUGUGUGUGUGUGUGUGUGUGUGUGUGUGUGUGUGUGCACUCACCCUUGAGCGUGUGUGUGUGUGUGUGUAGGAGUGGAGGGAGGGAGAAGGACAUGCAUUUGUGCACAGUAAAUGAACAAACACUCAUUGCUGUAUUGCUUGUGUCAUCAGUACAGGAAGGCUCUUGGAGUAGAAAUACAGCAGAGAGAGCUAAUCCCACUAUCCAGAGGACGAGUGCAUGGCAUUUCCAAUACAAACCCAAACCCCAUAAACUCUUAAUGCCGUGUUAGGAGCCACAGGGGAGGAGAAGGGGAGGGCGAUGAGGAUUUUGGCAGCAACAUGCUAGUGCCAAGACAUAUGUGGCAUGCUGAUAGCGCUACAGAGGUGCAGCUCACACUGUGUGGAAGCUUUAGAGGGGCGCAGAUAAACAUCCAUCACUUGCAUCGUUUCGGGAGCCACAGGCCUCACCGCUUUGGAAGUGGGUGACUGAGUAAUUGCACGUAGUUAACAAAGAUUAAGAAUGUGGCUAAUUUUUGCGGCAGCGGCUCUGUUGUUAAGAUUCGGGUGCAGAGCAUUAGUGAUCUCUUUAAUGGCCCCGAGCGUCCAAUUGGGAUUGUGAACAAAGUAGCAUUUUUUGGUGGUUAUUUUUAGAAACGUAACUGGAAAAAAGUUGGUGCUCAUUGCCAUCUGUGCAAGAGAAUAAAAGAGAUGCAAGGGAGAGUUUGGACUUAUUCAUGGUGACAUCCCUGUGUGUGUGUGUGUGUGUGUGUGUGUGUGUGUGUGUGUGUGUGUGUGUGUGUGUGUAUGUGUGUGCAUGUGUGUGUAUGUAUGUGUGUGUGCGUGUGUGCGUGCGUGUGUGUGUCUGUUAGAGACACAGAGAGGGAGAGAAAAUAGAGAGAAAAAUCCUAGUGUCACAGUAUCUUAGCAACUGCCUCCAUCUCCUUGGAGACAAGAACUGACAUCAUUUCCUGUCUGUGAGAACUCACUUUUGGUUUGUACACAGUGUGUUUGUGCAUAUAAUUCUGAGGACUUGUUUGUGCCUAUGUGUCUGUCUGUAUGUGUGCGGCCGUGUUUGUGCGUUCAUAUGCAGAUGUGGACCUGCAGUAUGAGCGCUAACGCAAAGAGGACGCAUUCUGGUGUCUCGAUCAGGUUGUGUGCAAGAAUGUCGCACUGUUUGAAGUCAACAGAAAGGUUUUUUAAAAGUUCAGCUCACUUGUUUUUAUCUUGAAAUAGUAUUCCAGGAAUUGGCGUUUAAAAUGAUGCAGUGAAAUAAUAACAUCAAGGCCACUAUGAACAGAAUUUUCAGUUCCCAACAUUUCAGAUUCUUACAUUAUGAAGUGACUCCAUAAACAUAGUUUGAACCCAGGACUUGAUCUAGUUUUGCUAUAAAUAUAUAACCAGUGUAAUGUAUAAUGUUUACAUUGUCUUUAUUUCUACCUUCACAGCUGAGAUUCUGUGUUUAUGUCAUCAUGUUUGUCAGUUUCUAGAGUCUGCUGCUCGUGUAGGUCGACCGAACAGCCUGUUGUGCAACGCAGAGAAAAUGUCAUCUUCAACUGCCAUCUUAUUUCGGACAACGCUGCAUUAACAUCAGUCUGAAAGCGAGUGACGAUGGGACAGAAGAGGAUGAUAUAUUCACUGUUGUCAGCACCGUCAUGCCAAAGUCAGGUGAUCCGACGCCAAGCUGCGAGCGCGCCGAUGGAGCCAAAAGGCUGCUUCAGAGAUCCGUCUCCUCCUGCGUCUCGCCGUUGGAUGCGAGGACGAGCAGCGUGGAAGCAUUUCGGCUGAAACCCGACCAAAGAGCCCGUUCCUCUGUGCACACAGACACGCCCAGCACUCCCAUGAGUAAUCUAAAGUUUGGCAAUAAAAAGUUACCCAACGCCAUUAUAGUUGGAGUGAAGAAAGGAGGCACCAGAGCGGUUCUGGAGUUCAUCAGGAUCCAUCCGGACGUGCGCGCUGCUGGCACCGAGACGCACUUCUUCGAUAGGAACUAUGACAGAGGUCUGGAGUGGUACAGAGGUCUAAUGCCAAGGACUCUUGAAAGCCAAAUCACAAUGGAGAAGACGCCAAGCUACUUUGUGACUAAGGAGACGCCUCACCGGAUCUCCGCCAUGUCCCAGGACACCAAACUCAUCGUGGUGGUGCGAGACCCCGUCACUCGAGCGAUAUCCGAUUACACCCAGACUUUAUCCAAAACUCCCGACCUGCCCAGCUUCCAGGAGCUGGCCUUCAGAAACCAGAGCCUGGGCAUUGUGGACAUGUCCUGGAACGCCAUUCGCAUCGGCCUGUACGCUUUGCACCUUGAAAACUGGCUCCGCUACUUCCCGCUGGCGCAGAUCCACUUCGUGAGCGGAGAGCGUCUUAUCACGGAUCCAGCAGGGGAGCUGGCGCGGGUGCAAGACUUUCUUGGGUUAAAACGCAUCGUCACCGACAAACACUUCUAUUUCAACCGCACCAAAGGCUUCCCUUGCCUUAAAAAGCCAGAGAGCAGCGGUUCGCCUCGCUGUCUUGGCAAGUCCAAGGGCAGAACUCACGUGCAGAUAGACAGGGAUGCUAUCGAACAGCUGCGGGACUUUUAUCGACCUUACAAUGUCAAGUUCUAUGAAAUGGUGGGACAUGAUUUUAAGUGGGAGUAGAGGUUUGAGACUUAUUUUUACACGGCACAGGAGAGAUUUAUUUAUUCCACAAAUGUUCUUUGAAAAAUGUUUUGCCUUCAGUAAUGCGUCGUGGCUAAGGCGAGUAAGUAACUAUCAGCAGUCUCCAGACAGUUUUUCGAGUGAAACAGCGGAGGCAGUGUUAUUCUUUGAAGUGACUCUAAUGAACGGAGCCGGAUCUGAGAUGACAUUGCCUUUUGCACUUGUAAUGAUCACUUACCAGCAUCAGCACCCUGCUUCCCGCUAGAUACGGCCAUCAUUUCAGCUUCAGGAUCACGUGGUUUUCGUUUGUGUUACUGUACAUUGCUGCUGACUGGAUUGCUGACUGCUUCAUAAAAAAAAAAGCAGAGAGGAAAUUCCAGGGAAUGGGAUUAGUUCUUCUUAAAAACUGCUUCACUAAUCAAGGCAGGGUUGAAAGCAAGACCUUGGAAAAUGUCAGUGAAGUCUUCAGGGAGAGCAGAAUUAAGCUGCAGAGCUGUGGUGGUAAAUCCAAAGUGUAAAGCCAUGAGGCAAGUCUGAAGUACUUACUGUUCAGUUUUCACAGAGUGAAAGAUAUUUUAUUUUCCAUUCUUGCCGGCAUGAAUCAGAUAAGUUAGAAUACGCUGUAAAAAGCAGCGCCUCACUUUGGAUCCCAUUGUAUUCUGCGCUUUGUUUGCUAAAAUCCAUGUGUUUAUUUUUGUUACAAGAGCAUUUAAUCACUGAAUUAACCACAACGCUUGUCCAUGCUCUUCAUUAAAUGAAACAAAAGCACAAUUUAUGAAACUGUCUCAUCCAAAGCUUUGACCUUGGGAAACUGAACACCAAAAAAUACGUCUGUGCUCCCUACUUUUAUUUGGUGCUUAAAAAACACAAAAACACCAGAACUGAAAAUUUCACAUCACCCAAAUAAUCUAAACCUGCAAAUGUUGCAAAUUACCUCCCUUUAUUCACAUCUAGUUUGCUCGGUUACGGUCCAGACCGCUAUCCUUUGAGGUUUUAUUGCAUUCUGUAAGGUUUGUUGUGUGCCUCGGUGGUGGUGUAGGAGCAUGAGUGGGUGUUGGUGUAAGGAAUUUCAAUCACUUUUCAAAGACAAAGCAGGGAACACCUAGUCGUGGCGGGUUAUCAAAUAGAUUCCGGGACUGCGUUCCACAAGAUUGCAGCGAAAAGUUUGGAUUUGGCUACACGGUGUGAAUACAAAAAGCAAGAGUGUCUGAGUCUGAGCCAGAUUGAUGCUGCAAAAACAAAGGAAAAACACUACGUGAUACAUGAACGGGGAGAAUGAAGUAGUGUGUGGUGUACAGUUGGAUACUUCCAUUCUUCAUCACACAGCAUCAUAUUAGAGGCAGUGCUUUGGAUUAUGAUUUAAACAUAUGCUUUAAAUUAAAGUGUAAUUAUUUAAUGCA